CAACAGUCUUUGUUCAGAACAGAAGGAGAAGGAGACGAAGGAUUGAAGGAAGAGAAGAGGAAGAAGAACAUGGUUACAAGUUGAAACUCAAUCAAAGAAGUGGAAUAAGGAUCCCUCGGUCUCUCUCGUGCUUUCUCUUGUGUGUUUUGUUGCGGAAUUGGAACAUUGGAGCUAAUUCGGAGAAAUAUCCCAUUAUAUCAAUGGCGUCAAAGAGGAAAGAGUCGGAAGGUAUAGCCCUCUUAUCCAUGUACAAUGAUGAAGAUGAAGACAUGGAUGAUGUUGAUGAAGAGGAAGACAACAGAGAAGAUGCUAUUAACAAUGAUGCAGUUUCUCCGGACUCUACUCCUGAAGCUACACCCCAUCGCGUUCAAUCUCAAGCUUCUAUCCCAACUGAAGAUUCAACUCCAAAAAGUGACAGAUUUGCAUCUUUGACACCACAACAGCCCCAGAUUUUACUGAACUCCCCACUGUUGCCAUCACAGACACCACCAUCUUCUGCCCCCUUUUCGGAUGCUCAGAGGACAAGAAAAGGAACUCUUGCAAUUGUGGAUUAUGCUCAUGAUGAAACCGCAAUGUCUCCUGAAGCUGAGGAAGGUGAAAUAGUCAGUGCUGGACGUGUCAUGUUUGGUGAGGAGCUUGAAACUGCAAAUGGUGACUUCCAAGAGAAAACACCUCAAGGAAUGGUUCAGAUAUUAACAGACACUCAAGCAACUCCUCAACCUUCUGAGCAACCGCCGACAGUAGAAUCUGAUAACACUAUCUCAAUUAAUGGCUCUAGAAUUGACCCAGAAGAUGUAGGUGUUGAGGAAGCUAUUAUGGUUUCCACAGAUGUUCCGAGAGAUGCUGAUCCAUUAGACAAGUUUCUCCCACCGCCACCAAAAGCCAAGUGUUCGGAGCAACUCCAAGAGAAAAUAAACAAGUUUCUAGCUUAUAAGAGAGCUGGAAAAAGCUUCAAUGCUGAAGUGCGCAAUAGGAAGGACUAUCGGAACCCAGACUUCUUGCGGCAUGCAGUCAGAUAUCAAGAUAUAGUAGAGAUGGGCUCCUGCUUCAGUAAGGAAGUGUUUGACCCUCAUGGAUAUGACAAAAGUGACUACUAUGAAGAACUAGCAGAGGCUGAUAUGAGGUGUGAAUUGGAGAGGAAGGACCAAGGAGCGAAGAAGAAUCAGAGGAUUGAGUUCGCAUCUGGAGGGACACAACCUGGGACUGUUCCUGCAGGACCGAAGAUCAAUGUGCCGAUCCCAGGAACUGCUUCUGAUGCCUUGGCUAGGGAUGGUAGACAAAACAAGAAAUCUAAGUGGGAUAAGGUUGAUGGCGAUCAGAGAAAUCCUCUGCUCCCUGGUGGACAAGAUACUGUAUCUAAGGUUGGAGCACAUGCAACACUGUUGUCUGCAGCUAAUUUGGGUGCUGGAUAUACUGCUUUUGCGCAACAAAGGCGAAAAGAGGCUGAAGAGAAAAAAUCUAGUGAAAGGAAGUUGGAAAGAAGAUCCUGAAUUGCAAAGUUUGAUUGACAGUU